CGGGAUCGGCGGAGGCCCCGCGGCGGCCGAUGGUCCGUGUUGUGCCGCCGCCCCCCGCCCGCCCCGCUCCGACCCGGCAGCGGCCGCAGAUGGCGCGGCGGGGACCGGGCAGGCGGGGCGGGAGGUCACCGGCCCCGCCGCCGCCGCCGCUGCUGGCGCUGCUGCUGCUGUUGGUGCUGGGCCCUGCCGCCGCCGCCGGCGAGGAGGUGGCGGUGUCCAAGGAAUGCGACAAGCCGUGCGCCAACGGCGGGCGGUGCCAGCCGGGCACCGGGCAGUGCGAGUGCCAGCCCGGCUGGGUGGGCGACCAGUGCCAGCACUGCGGGGGGCGCUUCAGACUCACUGAAUCUUCAGGGUAUGUCACAGAUGGGCCUGGAAAUUACAAAUACAAGACAAAAUGCACCUGGCUCAUUGAAGGAAGGCCAAACACAAUCCUCAGGCUUCGAUUCAAUCACUUUGCCACAGAGUGCAGUUGGGACCACUUGUAUGUGUAUGAUGGAGAUUCAAUUUAUGCUCCCUUAUUGGCAGCCUUUAGUGGUCUCAUUGUUCCUGAGAAAGACAGCAAUGAAACAGUACCUGAAGUUGUAGCUACUUCUGGAUAUGCUCUUCUACAUUUCUUCAGUGAUGCUGCCUAUAAUCUCACGGGGUUUAACAUCACCUAUAACUUCAAUAUGUGUCCCAAUAACUGCUCCGGCCAAGGGGAAUGCAAGCUCAACAGAAGCACCAGUGCUCUGCAAUGUGAAUGUGAGAAAUACUGGAAGGGAGAAGCUUGUGACAUUCCUUACUGCACCGAGGGUUGUGGGGCACCUGAGAGAGGCCGCUGUGACUUCAAUGACUCCAAAGCGUGUUUGUGCUCUGCAGGCUGGCAGGGUCCUGGAUGUGCAAUUCCUCUUCCUGCGAACCAGUCGUUUUGGACCCGGGAGGAAUACUCUCUUCCAAAACUUCCUAGAGCAUCUCACAAAACCGUCAUCCAUGACAAUAAAAUGUGGAUUGUUGGAGGCUAUGUCUUCAAUCAUUCCGACUCUCAGAAGGUUUUAGCGUAUGAUCUUAUUUCUGAAGAGUGGCUUCCACUGAACAACUCGGUGAACUCCAUAGAGAUGAGAUAUGGUCACUCGUUGGCAUUACACAGGGAUAACAUCUACAUGUAUGGUGGUAAGAUAGAUGCGACAGGGAACGUGAGCAGCCAGCUGUGGGUGUUGCACAUUCCCCGGCAGAGCUGGGCSCCGGUGACUCCCAAGGCCAAGGAGCAGUACGCCGUGGUUGGGCACUCGGCCCACAUCGUCACUCUGCGGGACAACAGCACCGUCAUGCUCGUCCUGUUUGGCCACUGCCCUCUCUACGGCUACAUCAGCAAUGUUCAGGAGUACAACCUGGUGACAAAUACCUGGAGCAUCUUACAGACGAGUGGAGCUUUGGUGCAAGGAGGAUAUGGUCACAGCAGUGUUUAUGAUCCAAAUACAAGAUCAAUUUACAUCCACGGAGGCUACAAAGCAUUCAGUGCCAACAAAUACAGGCUGGCAGAUGAUUUGUACAAAUAUGAAGUUGAUUCCCGUAUGUGGACUAUUCUGAAAGACAGCCGAUUUUUCCGCUACUUGCACACAGCUGUGAUAGUGAGUGGGACCAUGCUGGUGUUUGGAGGAAACACUCACAAUGACACCUCCAUGAGCCAUGGAGCCAAGUGCUUUUCUUCGGAUUUUAUGGCCUAUGAUAUUGCUUGUGAUCGAUGGUCUGUUCUUCCUCGCCCGGGUCUCCAUCACGAUGUGAACAGGUUUGGACACUCUGCUGUGCUGUAUAACAGCACGAUGUAUGUAUUUGGAGGCUUCAACAGCCUCCUCCUGAGUGACAUCCUGAAGUUCACACCUGCAAGAUGUGAGGCUUUUGGCAACGAGACCUCCUGCCUGCGAGCAGGUCCUGGCAUCAGGUGCGUGUGGAGUCUCAACCCUGCCCGCUGCAUCCCCUGGGAAAAUGCAACAAUGGAGCAGCAGCAAAAAGUCUUUGAAGGCUGUCCUCCCAAGCCAGUUGUAGACAAUGAAAAAUGUGAUCAGAUUACAGACUGCUACAGCUGUACAGCCAACACAAACAGCUGUCAGUGGUGUUCUGACCAGUGUAUCCCAGCGCACAACAACUGCACAGAGGAACAGGUUCCUGUUACUCUCUAUGACAAUUGUCCUAAGGAUAAUCCUGCUUAUUACUGUAGCAAAAAGACAAGUUGUAAAAGCUGUGCCAUGGAUCAAAACUGUCAGUGGGAACCCAGAAAUCAGGAGUGCAUUGCUUUACCAGAAAAUAUCUGUGGAACAAACUGGCAUUUGGUUGGCAACUCCUGCCUGAGGAUCACCAACGCCAAGGAGAACUACGAUCAUGCCAAACUGUCCUGCAGAUCCAACGGUGCUUUACUGGCUUCCCUCACCACCCAGAAGAAGGUGGAAUUUGUUCUGAAGGAGCUGCAGAAGGUGCAGUCUUCGCCCAAAACGCUGACUCCAUGGGUUGGACUGAGGAAAAUCAAUGUGUCGUAUUGGUGCUGGGAAGACAUGUCCCCCUUCACCAACACCCUCGUCCAGUGGCUUCCCAAUGAACCAAGUGAUGCUGGAUUUUGUGGAUAUUUAGCUGAGCCCUCCCAACAGGGAUUGAAGGCAGCAACAUGUAUCAACGAGGUCAAUGGCAGUGUCUGUGAAAGACCAGCCAACCACAGCGCCAAGCAGUGCCGCACGCCCUGCGCGCUGCGCGCCGCCUGCGGGGACUGCACCAGCGGCAGCUCCGAGUGCAUGUGGUGCAGCAACAUGAAGCAGUGCGUGGACUCCAACGCCUACGUGGCCUCCUUCCCCUACGGCCAGUGCAUGGAGUGGUACACCAUGAGCAGCUGUCCGCCUGAGAACUGCUCAGGCUACUGCACAUGUGCUCAGUGCUUGGAGCAGCCUGGCUGUGGAUGGUGCACAGAACCCAGCAACACCGGCAAGGGCAAGUGCAUGGAAGGCUCCUACCGGGGUCCUGUCAAGAUGCCCACCCCGUCCACACCAGGGAAACAUAGCUUGGAGCCYGUCCUUAAUGUCACUAUGUGUCCUGUGGAGAACAACCAUAACUGGUCCUUUAUUCAGUGUCCAGCCUGUCAGUGUAAUGGGCACAGCAAGUGUGUAAACGAGAGCAUUUGUGAGAAGUGUGAAAACCUGACGACGGGCAAGCACUGUGAGACGUGUAUCUCGGGCUACUACGGGGAUCCCACCAACGGGGGCACGUGCCAGCCUUGCAAGUGCAAUGGCCACGCGUCCGUCUGCAACACAAACACAGGGAAAUGCUUCUGCACAACCAAGGGAAUCAAAGGAGACGAGUGUCAACUGUGUGAAGUUGAAAACAGGUAUCAGGGAAAUCCACUUAAAGGAACGUGUUACUAUACUCUUCUCAUUGACUAUCAGUUCACCUUCAGCCUUUCCCAGGAGGACGAUCGCUAUUACACAGCAAUCAACUUCGUAGCAACACCCGAAGAGCAAAACAGGGACCUGGACAUGUUCAUCAAUGCAUCUAAAAACUUCAACCUCAACAUUACUUGGUCCACAAGUUUUACAGCUGGCACACAGGCUGGGGAGGAAAUUCCAGUUGUUUCCAGAACCAAUAUAAAAGAAUACAAGGACAGUUUCUCCAAUGAGAAAUUUGAUUUCCGCAACAACCCGAACAUCACAUUCUUUGUUUACGUCAGCAAUUUCACCUGGCCUAUAAAAAUACAGAUUGCAUUCUCACAGCACAGCAACUUUAUGGACCUGGUGCAGUUCUUUGUGACAUUUUUCAGUUGUUUUCUGUCAUUGCUCCUAGUGGCAGCUGUGGUUUGGAAGAUUAAACAAAGUUGCUGGGCAUCCCGACGGAGAGAGCAACUACUGCGUGAGAUGCAACAGAUGGCAAGUCGCCCCUUCGCCUCCAUCAACGUUGCCUUAGAAACAGAUGAAGAGCCACCAGAUCUCAUUGGGGGAAGCAUAAAGACUGUACCAAAGCCCAUCGCCCUGGAGCCCUGCUUUGGGAACAAAGCUGCUGUUCUCUCCGUGUUUGUGCGGCUGCCUCGAGGACUUGGGGGUAUUCCACCACCAGGACAGUCAGGUCUCGCAGUGGCCAGUGCACUGGUGGACAUUUCACAACAGAUGCCAAUUGCCUACAAAGAGAAAUCGGGCGCCAUUCGGAAUCGGAAGCAGCAGCCCCCUGCACAGCCAGGAACCUGUAUUUGAUGCAUGGACAUCAGAAACUGUCUAGGGUUUUAAACAAAAUGGAAAAGUAACCGAGGAGGAGGAGGAGGAGAAAGAUUUCCAAGUUGUGUCCCAAGAGACUAAAAGCACCCGGAAAAAACCACAACUUCCUUGAACCCGAUUUUUUUCUCUCAUUUACGUGCUAGUUGGCUUUAUUUGACAUCUGCUCCAUUUAAGUUUUACUGACACACGGCUUCAGAUUGCUCCUUUGUUUUCGUCCAGUUUAAAGUAAAAUAAUCUUAUUGUAGGUGCGGGAACAUCCGAUGCCACCGUUCCUGGCCAGUGUAAAUACAACAGUAGUCCAAUAUGAAUGACACUCAGGUUUCUACAUGGAAAGUGCUUUGUAGUUCAUGUAUUUAUCAAACUGUACAAAAAGAAAAAGAUCCAGUGUUUACAGGUGUCAGCUCUCAACUCAUAAACACUACUAUUAAUCUUCAAAGCAUCUUCAUCCUUUGUUUUCAUUUAAUAUUUAAUUGUUCCYUCACUAUUUCAGUGGAACUCUCUUCCAGGCACAGCCUUUUUUGUAGUCAUCAUGGUCCAGGAACUCAAAACCUGGGAUGUUUUAAAGGUUGAUGUUGCUCAGACCACGUGAAAUAAAUGGAAAGGUUGGAUGUUCCUUUGGAAACACUUUCUUCAGUGUUUACAUAGUCUUAACCUGUUUGGAGUACACUACACACAAGUGCCUAGACUUGAACAGAUCUAGGGAGGAGACUGCUACACAUGCUGCUUCUUCACAUCCUUAGAUUCCUUUUAGAGAUAUGUGUACUCACAUCUAGAGUCACCCGAGGCACUCCGUGUUCUCUGUCCCGUGCAGUCAGAGGAAAAUYGCAUUUUCCUGACCAAACAACUGCUCACUCAUCACUCAGAUGGAAAUAUCUGGAAGGCACGUAGAGUUUCAGUAUCUCAUAAGAAAACUCCCAGUUACACCAGCAUUUUCAUAGAAGUAGUUUAUGUUCCAGGUCAGACACAUCAUAUUUUUCUGAUUUUGGYCUCUUUCCUCCCCCUUCUUUCCCACCAUCCUUCUGGAUGAGAGCYGAGCUUGGAGGCAUUGCUCCUCAGYGGUUAUGAUUUACUCCAUCUUCUUACAGGGUGUAAAAAGCAGCCCCCUGGGUGCCACAUCACUUGCGGAUGAAGUAAAAAAAGAACUUUCAAUACAAAUCAAGCAGAGCAGCUUUGUUUUGCCACAGUUUUGAGUUCUACAUGAUCAGACCCUGGUAUUUCCUGUGGAGCUUGAACUCUCUCAGAUGCUGAAGAAGUGGCUGGUUGGUGAAAGGAUGAGAGUUGCAAACAGCAAAGAGAAGGYUUGGCACUUGGGGGGUGCAUCAAACAGCAUCUGAACUACUCUGACCAGCUGGRAUUGUGCUUUGAGGCUCAAGGUUGGACUUAAACCCAUCCAUCUGUGUGUGGUGGUGCACAGUGUCUCCCUGGAGUCAGGAAUGUGGCACAGAGCAGG